AGUCUGAGCGAUAGAGAGAGAGAGAGAGAGAGAGAGACGCAGAUGAAGCCGAUGAUCUGGUGAGUGUGUGCGUGAGUGUGUGAGUGAGUGCAUGCGCGUGCAGCGGGAUGCAGCAUCGCGUGCGCUGAUGCGGGAUCCAGUCGUGAGCGGGGGCGCGCGCUGACCACAGAAACGCACGAGCCGUUUUAUUAUUAUUAUUAUUUUUUUAAUUAUUUGUUUUUUAUUUUCCCGCCCCGCGGAUGUGAGCGGUACAGAGCGCGCGGCGGGGCCGAGGAUUCCGGAGACACAGCAGAGAGCGAGCUGGAAGCGAUGCUGCGUUAAGUUACAGCGCUGUCAGUCCUCACACAUGAUGUUUCCCAUGAGCUGGUGCUGACAAACAGUUGUCCUCUACUUCUUUGCAGUGACUUAAAGUGUCAAUGGGGAUUGAGGACCUGAGCAUGAGGAAUGGCCGGGCACUGUCUGACCAGUGGGCCGACGAUGUGGUGGUGCGCCCCCGAACCACUGAACAGCACAUCACUGUGCACAAGAGACUUGUGCUUGCCUUUGCCAUCUCCAUUCUCACCCUCAUUGUGGUGACAGCCAUUGCUGUGAUGCUGGGUGUCCGCUUUGAGAAAUGCAACAGUGGCAGUGAGAGAGUUGUUCUACCUGGUCCGGUGUCGAAUCAGUCGCGGGAAGGAAAUUCUGAGCACAAAGGGGAAGAUUUGCAGCCAUGGCGGCAUUCACGCUUGCCAGCCACUCUACGCCCACGCCACUAUGACCUCCAGCUCUCUGUGUACAUGGACAAUUAUACCUUCGGUGGCAAGGUAAGCAUCGAGUUUGAGUGCGUGAAUGCCACCAAGUUCAUCGUGCUACAUGCAGACAAGCUGGAUGUGGAUAAGGUGGCUGUGUACUCAGAUAGUAAAAAGCCUGGAGCGAUGAGGAUCCACCGGCACUUCCAUUACGCUGCCAACCAGGUCUACGUCAUCACUCUGCAUCGAGAAAUGAAGCCGCUUAGAACGUACAAGAUCAACAUCACGUUUGAAGCUCAAAUCGAAAACGAACUGUUGGGCUUUUUCCGCAGCUUGUACAUGCUGCACGGAGAGAAAAGGUAUCUUGCUGUGACCCAGUUCUCACCGACUCAUGCAAGAAAGGCUUUCCCGUGUUUUGAUGAGCCAAUCUACAAAGCCACCUUCAUUGUGAGACUGAGGCAUGAUGCCUCCUACCAGUCCCUCUCGAACAUGCCCAUUGAGUCAUCCAGCCUGGAUGAGGACGGCUGGGUAACCAAUCACUUUUACAGGACACCUCGCAUGUCUACGUACUAUCUGGCCUGGGCAGUGUGCAACUUCACGUACCGCGAGGCGAUCACAGAUGGUGGAGUUGUGAUCCGGCUGUAUGCUCGACCUGACGCCAUUCAGAGCGGAUCAGGAGAUUAUGCCCUGCAGAUCACCAAAAGACUUCUCAACUUCUACCAGAAUUAUUUUAAAGUAAAAUACUCCCUGCCCAAACUAGAUCUCCUGGCAGUGCCAAAACACCCAUAUGCAGCGAUGGAGAACUGGGGUCUUAGUGUGUUUGUUGAGCAGAAGAUUUUGCUGGAUCCAGAAGUCUCAUCUUUCUCCUACCAGAUGGAGCUCACCAUGGUGGUGGUGCAUGAGAUCUGCCACCAGUGGUUUGGAGACCUGGUUACCCCGGUAUGGUGGGAAGAUGUAUGGCUCAAAGAGGGUUUUGCUCAUUUCUUCGAGUACGUUGGGACCGACUUCCUCUUCCCAAAGUGGAAUAUGGAGAAGCAAAGGUUCCUGACUGAUGUUCUUCAUGAGGUCAUGCUACUGGAUGGUUUGGCAAGUUCUCAUCCCAUCUCUCAGGAGGUUUUUGAAGCUUCUGACAUUGAUCGAGUUUUCGACUGGAUUGCUUACAAAAAGGGUGCUGCGCUGAUCCGCAUGUUGGCGAAUGUCAUGGGGCAAGCUGUGUUCCAGAAAGGCAUAAACGAUUAUUUAAUGACACACAUGUAUGGAAAUGCAGCAAGGGAUGACUUGUGGAACAAGUUUUCAGAGGCCAUGCAGAGUGAAGGCAAAGACAUCAACAUAAAGGAAGUGAUGGAUGGAUGGACUCUCCAAAUGGGCUAUCCAGUUGUUACCAUCAGCAAAAACGAGAGUCUGGACAACAUGGUCAUCAUCAACCAGGAGCACUUCCUCUAUGACAUGGAGGCUAAGAUGCACAACCCUGAUUUUCUCAACAAUAGUUUCCAGUGGCAGAUCCCAUUGACUCUAGCAGUGGGAAACACAAGUCACAUAUCAUCCGAGACUGUCAUAUGGGUCUCUAAGAAAACAGAGACGCACCGUGUGGGCCACAUAGAUGAGAAGAUGUGGGUGCUGGGAAACAUCAAUCAGACAGGCUACUUCAGGGUGAACUAUGACCUUCACAACUGGAGGCUCCUUAUUCAGCAACUGAUGAUCAACCCGACUAUCAUCUCCGUAGGAAACCGCGCAAGUCUAAUUGACGACGUCUUCAACCUUGCCAGGGCAGGCUAUCUCCCACAGAGCAUCCCACUGCAGAUCAUCUGUUACCUGUCUGAGGAGGAUGAGUUUCUACCCUGGCACGCCGCCAGCCGAGCGCUAUACCAACUCGACAAGCUGCUUGACCGUACCAAGGACUACAGCAUCUUUAGCAGUUAUGUUUUGAGGCAGGUCGAGCAGAAGUAUCAUAAGCUGGGCUGGCCGAGUGUAAAUGCAGACGGCUCUUUCCUGCAGGCAACCUAUCAGACAGAAGAGCUACAAAGGGCGGUGAUUAUGCUGGCCUGCAGUUUUGGGAAUAAACACUGCCACCGGCAGGCUGUGUCGCUUGUGUCCGAGUGGAUCUCCAGCAACAAGAACAGGAUUCCUCCGAAUGUACGGGACAUCGUCUACUGCACGGGUGUCUCUCUAAUGGACGAAGAUGUAUGGGAGUUUAUCUGGAUGAAGUUCCACUCCUCCAUGGCCAUCUCAGAGAAGAAAGUUUUGCUGGAGGCCCUAACCUGCAGUGACAACACUUACCUACUCAACAGACUGCUUAACUUGUCUCUAAGCUCAGAUCUGGUGCCAGAUCAAGAUGUAAUUGACAUCAUUAUCCAUGUUGGCCGCAACCCACAUGGACGCCAUUUGGCAUGGAAGUAUUUCAGAGAAAAGUGGGACAUAUUAAACUCCAGGUAUGGUGAGGCUUUAUUUAUGAACUCUAAAUUAAUCAGCGGUGUCACAGAGUUUCUCAACACAGAAAGCGAACUCAGUGAGCUGAAGGAUUUCAUCCAGAUGAGCAGUGGAGGAGCAGUGUCUGCGUUCACUCGAGCGUUAGAGAUUGUUAAGGCUAAUGUGAAAUGGCACAAUCUGUACAAGGAGCAGUUCUUCCAGUGGCUGAGGAAAUCACCCAAUGACUAAUAAUCCACUUUGUUCAUUAUCUGUUAGCAUGGAGCCUCUAUCAAACAUUUAUAGACCAUUAGCCAUGGCAGAAAAUAAAAGAACAAUAAAAUAUCAUUUUUGGACCCUGAUAAUCUUUGUUUUUUUCCUGCUAAAGAAACGUCCAGGCAGUUGUGGAAGUGAACAUGGAAUGUGUAAGUGUUGCUGCAAACAGAAUCACUGUUAAAUAUCGCCUGGUGGUAUAUAUCUCGAGUGACAUUCCUUUUUUUUCCUUUCCUGAAUAUUCCUCACAUAUUCAAUUCAUAUUUGUUUCAUGCAUGAAAACAAUUUUCCUCCCUUCGAUGAUCCAAUUUUCAGAGUUACAGCCUGAGCCCUGGGAUGCUCAGGUCGGAUUUCAGCAUUUCGUGGACUGCAAAUCGAUACUGAUGCGAAUGUAGAUAAGCACAAGAUCAGCCAGACUGACAAACAGUGAUUUCAACUGAAAUGGGUCAAAGAAAGGACAUAACUGGAUGUUUGUUUAGUUUCUGUUAAGCCAUAGUCAGAAGGACAGAGGAAAGCCGGGCAUCAAUCCUCAUUGGUGUAUCGAAUGAUUGUGUGUCAUGGAUAUAUUCUAUGUUAGUAUUUUUAUUAUUAUUAUUAUUAUUAUUCUUUUUUUGCACAAGGCCUUGCCUUAGAUAUCUAGUGUAAAUGCUAUAUGGAAAGUAAUCACUGUGUCAAUAUGUUCAUAUACAAUGGUUUCUUAGAGAGGAAACACUGAAGAGAAUAUCUGGAAAUCAGACCUUUACAAGUUAAAGUAUUAGAGUGUUUAUAGGAUUAUGAUAUAAAUUUAAUGUCGACCAAAAUUACUGAUUAUUGUUUACUUGGAAAUCACAUGCUAACAUUAUUUAUAUGUUUACGAUGAGCUCAAGUCAAAAUUUAAAUACAAGCUCGAACCUAAUUUAAAACUAGGCAGUAUUUACGUUACAUGAUACUAAUUCAUUAGCUAACUGUACUAUCUAGGUGCACAAUUGAAAGUGUAUAAUUUCUGAUUAGUUGCAAUACAUACUUUUGUCAUUCCUUCUUCUUCAACCCUAUUUAUCAAUAUAAAGAUACCACCACAUGACCAUAUACAAGGGUCAAUCAGGUUAAACCGGGACUUGUGAUGAAAUGGUUCAUGAAUGAAGUCAUAAAGCCGAUUGACAUUUAAAAAAGAUUUCAAGAAGUCAGUACAUUGAUGAGACUCUUAGGCACAUUAAAACAAUCAUUUAACAUUUUAACGUUUAAACAUUUCUUUAAAGAAGACUGUACGUCCGUGAAUGCCGAUCUUGGCUGAGUCGGCUCAGAGCUCACUGCAGUCGUUCCCGUGAACAUUAAGAGACAAGGAACUCCAAAUCCAUAAAAAUUCACACAUGCUACAGUAUAACUUUUCACGGAAGAGACACAUCUGACUUUGAGAACUGUAAACACAAUCAUUCAUGAAACACCAUUUUCCCGAUAGAGGAACUCAACUACGUACAGUCCUGACCUUGCUCCAAACCGUUUCCACAUGCUUGGGCCAUUAAAGGAAUUCCUGGGAGACAAGAGUUUCAGACAUGAAGAAGGCAGUCUGAUUACGGCUCAGGAAACUUUCUUCCUUGAUGGUAUCCAAGCACUAUUGAAACACUGGGAUAAGUGCAUUAGUGUAGGAGAAGAUUAUAUAGAGACAUUAAUGAGAUACCCCUUUUUUAUAGCUGUGUUCUGUUAUUCCGCGUAAUCAAAAAGCCCCAGUUCGACUUGAGCGCCCCUUGUAUAUAUUUUAAAAGGUAUUAUUUGGGUGGUGAAUUCUCCACACAGCAGUGGGUAAUGCAUGGUGAUGAGAUUAGUCUAUUAGGCAAAUGGAGUGUGACUGGAGUAUUUAAGCAUUUACAUGUUAUUGGUGGGUUGAGAAUAGUCCAACAGCCAAAAAUAUCUAACCCACAAACACAUUCAAACAAUGUGUUCUUAAAAUUUUUUGAUUUUACAGAUUUUUAAGUGUUUAGGAAAUUAUCUGCCUGAUGUAUUUCUUGUCAUUAAGUACGGUUUUAAUCAUGAGGCAUAUACACAAGCUGAAUCAACUGGAACGAUGCUGAACCAAAAGUAUGUUAUUCUAGGAAUUAGUGGGGAUUUUUUUGUCAAACUUAAUAAAAAAAAAUGACUAAUGCAAAAAAA